AUGGGAGAUGGCCCACAUCAGUCUCCAGGCAACAAAAUGUUCUCCCUUUGGUCACGGCUGAGGGUGGCCACUGGAUACGAGAUGUGCCUGCAGAAAUUCAGAAAACAUCUGGGGCCAUUCCCGGUGCCUGCCAGUGAGGACUGCUUGUAUCUCAGCGUCUAUACUCCAGUCCAUCCUUCACAGCAAAACAUCUCUCUGCCUGUUAUGGUCUAUAUCCAUGGAGGAGCCUUCAUUCUGGGCAAGAGUUCUUCCUUUAGUGGGACAGCCCUGGCCGGUUAUGGCAAUGUCGUGGUGGUGAUAAUUCAGUACAGGAUCAGUGUGGCUGGCUUCCUCAGCACAGGAGAUGAAUAUGCUCGAGGGAAUUUUGGGUUCCUGGACCAAUUGGCAGCCCUGCAGUGGGUACAGAAGAAUAUUCAUGAGUUUGGUGGGAACCCAGGAAUGGUUACACUGUUCGGACAGUCAGUUGGAUCACUCAGUGUCUCACUGCAUAUUUUAUCUCCACUAUCCACUGGUUUGUUCCAUCAGGCAAUACUGGAAAGUGGGAGCGCUCUAAUGCCAGGAUUGGUGCCUCCAGUGCCAACCCAGCUGGCUCACAUGAUCGCUCAGAUAGCAGGAUGUAACUGCACUCAGUCACAGCUGCUGCUGCACUGCCUCAGUAUCAAGACUGAGGAAGAGAUGGCUGAAAUCACCACGAGACUGAAUGAACUGUACCAGUUAAUUCCUGCUCUCGUUGUGGAUGGAUAUUUCCUUCCUGAUAAUCCCUGGAAGAUGUUCCAGGACGGACGGUUUCAGAAAAUCCCCAUCCUGGUUGGAGUGACAACAGAGGAGUUGAUAGGGAGCCUUGUCCAUCCAGAGAAAAUCAUUUUACCCAACUGGAAAGCAGGAAUAAAAGAACAAAUUCAGGAGAAAAUUAACCAGUUUAUAAAACCCCUGUUUGGUGAGGAGAAUGCAGACCUGAUUUUUGAUGAAUACUUUGAGGAUGUGAAUGACUCUGACACACUGAAAGAGUGGUACCUCGACCUGUUUGGUGAUGUGUUCAUAACUAUUCCAAAUCUGAGAGCUGCUCAGUAUUACAAAGAUGCUGGGAACCCUGUGUUUUUGUAUGAGUUCCAGCACCGAGCAAGUUACUAUGAACAAAGAAUACCCCAAUUUAAGAAAGCUCCUCAUUCAGCUGAGCUAUCCUUUGUCUUCGGAGGGCCCUUCGUUCCUGCUUUUAAUACGUUACUCGGUAACAUGACUGAAGGAGAAAAGAAUCUGAGCAAGUUGAUGAUGUCAUACUGGGCCAGCUUUGCGUGGAAUAGGAAUCCUAACAGAAAUGACUUACCAGUUUGGCCGAUGAACAAUGACUCUGGAAAAUACAUGCAAUUCAACCUGGCCCUGCAAAUAGGCAACAAUUUAAAGAAUGACAAGCUCAAAUUUUGGUCUAACAAACCUCCAAAGAUAAUUGCAAAAAUACCAGUCUAGUUUAAAGCUCAUUCCAAUUCAGUCCUCCAUUUGGAAUGUCAUGAAAUGUUUAACCUCAUGGAUGGGAAAGCAAAUAUACAUUGUACCAACACAUACAAAGGCACAACACACACAUGACCUGACAAAACUGCACAUACAAACAUACACACACACACACAAAUACAACUAUACACACACAAAUGUACGCACACAUAAACACAUACACAUACAUACAGCCACAUAUAUUUCUAUAGAUUCUCACAUAAUCAGAUGUUGGACAUACCUUUCUCACAUACUAAUUGAAGUACAGGGCUUGUUCUGCUGGACAGACAAGAUACAAAAAGGAAAGUGACACCAAACAGAAGUUUGAAUUGACCUUACGUUCAUUGCUAGGAUGUGGAGGGACCGGUAUCGGACUGGGAUGGACAAGGUUAGAGAUCACACAACACCAAAUUAUAGUCCAACAGGUUUAUUUAAAAACACAAGCUGUGUCUGUGUGUGAAACUACCUCUCUCACUAACAUCCAAAGAAGAAGUGAGGUUCUGAAAGCUUGUGUUUUCAAAUAAACCUGUUGGAUUAUAACCAGGUGUCGUAUGAUUUCUGACCUUAUUCAUUGCCAGAUCAUUAGAAAUGAACUGUAAAGCCAAGAUUUUGUUGUAUUAGAGAACAAGCUGAGAACAACAAUCACAACACAGUCAGUGAAUCCAACAACCAGCAAACAUAAAACAAAUAAAAUUUAGAAUACUAGCAUGA